AUGAAGAGGUUAGGAUACUAUUUUAACCACCUCCUUUUGUUCUUGUCACUUGCUCUUUUUGACUUGGCCAGAGUUGUUCCAGUUACUGAAAAGGAGAUAUUGCUCCAAUUCAAAGAUGGAAAUGUAGUUAAGAUUGUCUUGUGGAACACUAGCCUUGGGGGAGUGUUGUCUCCAGCCUUAUCGGGAUUGAAAUCUCUACGGAUUAUUACUUUGUUCGGGAACCGAUUCACCGGUAACAUUCCAUUGGAGUAUGGAGAGAUUGGUACAUUGUGGAAGAUUAAUUUGAGUUCCAAUGCGUUAUCUGGGUCCAUUCCAGAUUUUCUAGGGGAUUUGCCAAACAUUCGGUUUCUUGAUUUGUCCAAAAAUGGGUAUACGGGAGAGGUUCCACCAUCUCUAUUCAAGAACUGUUACCAAACCAAGUUCAUUUCUCUUGCUCAUAACAAUCUUUCAGGUUCAAUUCCUGUAUCAAUUGGGAAUUGCUUGAAUCUUCUUGGGAUUGAUUUAUCUUUCAACAGUUUAAUUGGUGGCCUUCCUUCACAAAUUUGUGACAUUCCGGGAUUACUGUACUUAACUUUGAGGAGCAAUUUGUUGACAGGAGGUGUUCAAGACCAGGUUUCAGGAUGUGGGAGAAUAGAGCUUUUGGAUCUUGGUACCAAUAUGUUUUCUGGGUUGCCCCCUUUUGGAGUCCUUGGAUUCACAAAUCUUACACAUUUCAAUAUUUCGCAAAAUGGGUUUGAAGGGGAGGUUCCAGAGAUUGAAACCUGCAGUCAAAGAUUGGAAAUUUUAGAUGCUUCUGGGAAUGAUUUGUAUGGGGAUAUCCUGUUGAGCAUUACAAGAUGCAAUGGCCUCAAGUAUUUGGACUUGGGGUUUAACAGGCUUAAUGGAAGCAUCCCAAUUGAGAUUGCUGAUUUGAAGAGGCUUUGGGUUAUUCGAUUGGGGAAUAAUUCGAUAGAUGGGACAAUCCCAGCAGAGUUUGGGAGCAUUGAAUUCCUUCAAGUUCUUGACUUGCACAAUCUCAACCUUGGUGGAGAGAUCCCCACUGAUAUAAGCAAUUUGAGGUUUCUUCGUGAGCUGGAUGUUUCUGGCAAUGCUUUACAGGGAGAAAUUCCACAAACCCUUUACAACAUGUCAUACCUUGAAAUUCUAGACCUACAUCAUAACCAGCUCAAUGGAAGCAUACCAUCAACUCUGGGAAAUUUGUCCAAUCUGCAAAUUUUAGAUCUGUUGGAUAAUUUUUUAUCUGGGCAAAUCCCUUUUUCUCUUGGAAAUUUGAAAAACCUAACUCGUUUUAAUGUUUCUUACAACAACUUAUCUGGGGCAAUUCCUUCCAUUCCGAACAUCCAGAGUUUUGGAGCCUCGGCAUUUUUUCACAAUCCAGGGCUCUGCGGGGUUCCUUUGGACAUAGCAUGCACAGGCAAUGCUACAACUCCGUCAACAGGAAAACCCAUGGCAUUGACAGUUCCCGCUAUUUUAGCAAUUGUUGCUGCUGCUGUGAUCCUCACUGGCGUCUGUGUGAUAACCAUCAUCAACAUGAAGGCUCGCAAAAGGAGAAGAGACGACGAGACAAUGAUUGUGGAGAGCACUCCGCUAGCUUCAACAGACUCAAAUGUCAUCAUUGGAAAACUGGUUCUCUUUAGCAGAAGUUUACCCUCAAAGUAUGAAGAUUGGGAAGCUGGCACAAAAGCUUUGCUUGACAAGGAGAGCCUGAUUGGUGGAGGAUCAAUUGGGACAGUCUACAGAAGUACUUUUGAAGGUGGGAUCUCAAUUGCAGUAAAGAAGCUCGAGACUUUGGGAAGAAUCAGAAACCAAGAUGAGUUUGAAAAUGAAAUUGGAAGGUUAGGCAACAUCCGACACCCUAAUCUCGUUGCUCUGCAAGGCUACUACUGGUCCUCUAGUAUGCAACUAAUUCUAUCUGAAUUUGUUCCCAAUGGAAACCUAUAUGAGAACCUUCAUGGACUUAGUUAUCCUGGCACUAGCACUGGGGUUGGUAAUAGUGAAUUGAAUUGGUCUAGGAGGUUUAAGAUUGCUAUGGGGACAGCAAGAGCACUAGCAUUUCUUCACCAUGACUGUAAACCCCCAGUUCUUCAUCUCAGCAUUAAGUCCACUAACAUACUUUUGGAUGAAAAUUAUAAGGCCAAAUUGUCUGAUUAUGGGUUGGGCAAGUUGCUUCCUCUGCUAGAUAAUUAUGGUUUAACCAAAUUCCACAAUGCAGUUGGGUAUGUUGCGCCGGAGUUGGCACAAAGUUUGAGGCUCAGUGACAAAUGCGAUGUUUAUGGUUUUGGGGUGAUUUUACUAGAGCUGGUUACAGGGAGGAAACCAGUGGAGAGUCCGGUGGCAAAUGAGGUGGUGGUAUUAUGUGAAUAUGUUCGGAGAUUGAUAGAGAAUGGCUCUGCUUCAGCUUGCUUUGAUAGAAGUUUGCGGGGUUUUGCAGAAAACGAGCUGAUUCAAGUUAUGAAAUUGGGAUUAAUCUGUACCUCUGAAACACCUUCGAGGAGACCAAACAUGGCUGAGGUUGUUCAGAUUCUUGAGUCCAUCAGGAAUGGAUUGCAACCGUAGCAAGGGAAUUAGAGAGUUGUUUUUGGACUGCCUCAGAGUUGAAUUAGCAGUAUUAGUCUACCUGCAUGAGUAUUUGGUUACAAAGUGGAGAGAAUAGGAGACAUCAGACAUCUUAGAGCAAAGAAAAAAAAAACAGAAGAAGAUUCUUUUGUAUUCAUUUUGGGUUUUUACCAUUGUCAAUUGUUCCUUGUAAUUUCUGCAACAAGUUCAUUGAUUUUUUGUAUCUAAUUUGCAAAUAGACAAGAACUAUUGAGAAUUCAUACUUCA